UGUGUCAUUGAUGUCAUAACUAUUGAUGGGAAAUUUUAGAGGCAAUAGCAGUGAUAGCGAGAAAAGUUGCCAUAGAGGGCAUUGGAGACCAGCUGAAGAUGAGAAACUUGAGCAGCUUGUUGAACAGUAUGGUCCCAAGAAUUGGAAUUUCAUUGCGCAACAUCUUCAGGGAAGAUCAGGCAAAAGCUGCAGACUGAGAUGGUACAACCAACUUGAUCCUAAUAUCAACAAAAAGCCAUUUACAGAAGAGGAAGAAGAGAUGCUCCUCACUGCUCAUGGGAUUCAAGGAAACAAAUGGGCUUCUAUAGCUAGGCUUUUCCCCGGAAGAACUGAUAAUGCUGUCAAGAAUCAUUACCAUGUUAUCAUGGCAAGAAGAAAAAGAGAAAAACUGUUAAUCUAUAGCAAGAGAACUGGCCGGGGAAAUCCUGAUCAUUCCAAGAAAAACAAUGUUGGUGGUAAAUUUGAAGGGUUUUCGAGGCCCCAACCAAAGUCUGACUCCAAGUUAGGGUUUUGCAGGUUUCAAGUCACUCAUGACAGACAGGGUUUCUCGUUACUGUCUUCUUCAAAUUCAUCACCUUCUUGGCUGAGUGGACGUGGAUCAACAAUCACAAACGAUUCAUCAGGUUAUUAUGAUGGUCUCAGUAGAGAAAGAAAAGAUUAUGUCAGGGCAAGUGAUCAGGAUGAAUUAGUUAAGAAAGGCUGCAGUAAUUUCGUUGGACCCAAGGCUGUUCACGUUCAUCAUUCAUUCACAUUCUCAAAUUUUGGAAGUGAAGGUGAGACGUGCAGGAGAGGUUUAGUGAAGUUCACUGAUAACCGAUCUGCACUAUGGAAUCUGCAUAUAGUUUCUCAAGGAGAAGGAUCAAUCAAGCACAAGGAUAUUCCCUUGAUAGACUUUCUUGGUGUGGGAAUCUCUUAAUUUCUGAACCUCUUGAGCUAAUCUUUUCCGCUAAGUAGAAUAUUGGGUCAAUCUUCAGAUCUUCCUAUAUUUAUACUUGAUUUCCAUAUAUAUAAUCUUAUCUAGCUAGGACUUGAGUAGCUAGUGUAUGCAAA